UGUCUUUUAUUAGUCGCAACCCUCUCUCUUCUUCUUCAUCUCAAGUACUUGCCCCUUCCUCCUUCUGAGGCUUUUGCAAUGGCUUAUGGUAAAGAGCUGGCUGCCGCCAUCAAAGCUGCCUCUCUCGCUGCUCGUCUCUGUCGGAAAGUUCAAAAGGCGUUGCUUCAAUCAGAUGUUCGAUCAAAACAUGGUAGGAAUAAAAGUCCCGUAACAGUAGCUGAUUAUGGCUCACAAGCACUGGUUAGUUUUGUGCUGCAGCAGGAAUUUCCCGGUGAAUUCUCAUUAGUUGCCGAGGAGGAUUCGAAUGAUCUUCGCAAGGAUGGUGGUGGGGAAAUAGUAGAACGAAUUACUAAACUUGUGAAUGAAUCUCUAACUAGUGACGGAUCAUACGGUGUUAGUUUAUCCUCAGAAGAUGUUCUUAAAGCCAUUGACAGUGGCAAAUCUGAAGGUGGCUCCCAAGGUCGACACUGGGUUUUGGAUCCUAUAGACGGCACUAAAGGAUUUGUAAGGGGAGAUCAAUAUGCAGUGGCGUUGGCUUUGCUAGACAGAGGAAAUGUUGUUUUGGGAGUGCUGGCUUGUCCAAAUCUUCCAUUAACUUCCAUCAGUGUUGCUCAUCCACAUUCUCCAAAUAAUGAAGUUGGUUGUCUCUUCUUUGCUGAAGUUGGUCGAGGAACUUAUAUGCAGCUGCUUGACGGUUCUUCCACGGUCAAGGUGCAGGUAAGUGCUGUUGAAAAUCCAGAAGAAGCUUCAUUCUUCGAGUCAUAUGAAUCAGCACAUUCCAUGCAUGAUCUAUCCAGUUUAAUUGCCCAAAAACUUGGGGUCAAAGCAGCACCAAUUAGAAUGGAUAGCCAGGUAAAGUACGGCGCUCUUUCCAGAGGAGAUGGAGCCAUAUAUCUGCGUUUUCCUCGCAAUGGGUAUCGAGAGAAAAUAUGGGAUCAUGCUGCUGGCUCUAUUGUUGUAACUGAAGCUGGGGGAGUGGUGACAGAUGCUGCAGGGAAGCAAUUGGAUUUUUCCAAGGGAAAGUAUCUUGAUCUGGAUACUGGCAUCAUUGUUUCCAAUCAGAAGUUGAUGCCAUUACUCUUCGAUGCAGUUAGAGCCUCCCUGGCCCAGAAAUCUAAGCCUCAGCCUUAGAAUUGCUAUCUUACCUUUAACUCUCUUAUUGUUUCCCUCAUAAUCCUUGUGCUUUAUCCUUAUCUCCAUUGCUAAUAUCCUUAUCUCC